UUUAUUUAUUCUUCUUCCUCCUUCUCCUCCCUGCACAAACACCAACCUUUUAUAUAGCGUCGCCUCCUCUCAGCAGCACCCUUGCCAGUUGCCACACAGCCUCUCUUCUUGUCUCACCUUCCCUGCCCUGCUCAGGUUUUGAGUUGUAAAGAUCUCUGAAACUUUGCGCAUGAUCCCUCCCAAGGAUUUGGAUCAGGGGAGAAGAAGCCGAGCAAACAGUGUCGUGAUGGAGUUGAAAGGAGCCAUUUUUACCACCGCCGUACUGGCCACCCUCCUCUGCUCCCCAGCAUUGGCUCAGAAGAGUCCACCCGCGCCGGCGUCGGUAGCGCUUCCCCCAACCAUGGCGCCGGCGCCGGCACCGGCGCCAGACUACGUGGACCUCGCGGCGCUCCUUGGCGUGGCGGGCCCGUUCCACACCUUCCUGAGCUACCUGCAGAAGACGAACGUGAUCGAGACCUUCCAGAGGCAGGCCAACAAGACCAAGGAGGGCAUCACCAUCUUCGUCCCCAAGGACUCGGCGUUCGCGGCGCUCAAGAAAUCCACCUUCUCCAACCUCACGAGCGACCAGCUGAAGAUGCUGCUCAUGUACCACGCCUUACCCGAGUUCUACUCGCUGGCCCAGUUCAGGAACCUCAGCGUGCUCAACCCGGUGAACACCUUCGCGGGGGCGCCCUACACGCUCAACCUCACGGACGACAUGGGCACCAUCUCCGUCAAGUCCAUGUGGUCCAAGCCCACCAUCUCCAGCAGCGUCUACGCCACGGACCCCGUCGCGAUCUACUCCCUCAACAAGGUGCUCCUGCCGAUGCAGAUCUUCACCAAGGACCCGCCGCUCGCGCCGGCGCCCGCGCCCGCGCCGGAGUCCGGGGCGUCGGAUCUGGCGCCCAGCCCCGGCGGCAAAGCGGGAGCAGGGAAAGGGAAGGCGGACUCCACGAGCGCCGGUUACGGCCUCGGUGUCGGUGCUGUGAAUUGCUUGCUGGCGGCAGGCGGGUUGAUGAUGUUCCUGUGGUGAGAGAGAAAGAUGGAGAGGGGUCUUGCGAUUUGUACGCGCUUAAAAAUUUGAUUUUGAGUUUGUUGAUGGAGUCAUAUUCUUUUGGACAUAGUAGGCAUGCUGUUAGGAUCAAAUUGGGUUUUUUUUUACAACGUAUUACUCUCGUGAUCAUUUCAUAAAACUGAUGGACGAAUGAACUCGAAGAAAAGGUUCACCACUCA